CCCGUAUCCGAAAUAAUAUCAAACUGAGCGGGGAAACACACACAAGUUAGUUUUCAAAAUUAGGGCUUUUAGUUCCACCAUAACUGCUUCAAAUCAACGCAACAAUGGCGAGAAAAAAACAGCCUGCUAAACGAAGUUGGGGCACUCGAAGAGACUCUAGAGCAUCUGCUUCAACGAGUACGCCGAGGAAAACUCCGAGAAAGGAACCAGAGAGUUCAGGAGGUGGAGGGAAUAAGAAGCCGCAUCGGUUUAAGCCGGGGACGCAGGCGCUUCGUGAGAUUAGGAAGUUGCAGAAGGGUGUUGAUCUUCUUAUUCCGGCUGCUCCGUUUAUUCGAACUGUAAGAGAGAUAAGCAACUACAUGUCCCCUGAAAUUACCCGCUGGCAAGCUGAAGCUCUACAAGCCCUUCAAGAGGCAGCAGAAGAUUACAUAAUCCAGUUGUUUGAAGAUUCAAUGCUAUGUGCAAUUCAUGCUAAACGUGUUACCCUCAUGAAAAAGGAUUGGGAAUUGGCAAGACGGCUUGGGAAGAAAGGGCAGCCAUGGUAGUUAGAUGAGGCAGAGAAUUGUUGUACGCUGUAACAACUAACGAGACACAUCUAGAGUGGUUUAGCGUGUUUAUCAUAGGCAUAUCUUUAUGAUGAGAAUAGGUUAUUGAGUGCAAAUUUAUAGCUGUAGAAAACAGGUACAUUGGUGGCAUAUUGAAUGCAAAGUUGGAAUGUCAAUUGUUUUGUAGAUGUCUCCCAAUUAUUUUAGGGAUUUAUUA